CUUAUACGAAGGAGGAGGAGGAGAAGAUAGCCGUCAUCCUGAGGGAGAGGAAAGAGAAGAAGGAGGCCAAGAAGAAGGUCUUACAAGAGGAGCAGGCGGCGAAGUUGAAGAAGAUAGAGGAGUAGAUGGCCAGGGAGAAAGAAAGACUGAAGAAAGAAGAGGAGGAGAAACUAAAGGAGGUGGAAGAGGAAGAGGAGGAAGAGGAGCAGCCACUGGAGAGGAGGAGAGAGCAACGAGGGCAGUACAUUGGCAGCAAAAAUGAAGAGAUAGAGAAGAGGAUUUCAGAGUGGGUUGCCAACUUGUCUUUAGGAGAAGAGGAGGAGGUAGUCAUGUAUAUUCCCAAGGACGAGCAGGAGGCCGCCGUGAAGGAAUGUGAUGCAGAAAGAGAUGCCUUGAAGCGGCAGGCAAUAGAAAAUGAGAAGAGAAUGGAGUGGAAGUUAAGGAUGAUGAGGGAGAAGAAGAAGAGGGUGGAUGCAGCAAGUGAAGCGGUCAAAGAGUUAGAGGAGGUGCAGAAAUUGACUCUACAGUUGACCCCUCAAGUAGACCUCCAACGAAAGGUAGAGAUCAUUGCCCAGAGUGUCGAGCGCUUGGCCCAAGUAGAGGAGGAACAAUAUGAGUUUAGUAGAAGUCAGGACAUGGUUGUGCGCUCGAUGCGACUGGGAUUUCGGGAUUUUGCCCGCGAACUAGUAGGCGCAGUAGGGGCCGAGGUGAACCAUCGCCUCGAGAAGACCGAACGAUUCUGCGUUGGCGCCAUUGAAGGCGUCAAGGCGACAGCUCCCAAGGAGGAAGAAGCACGUCCUCGUAGGGAGCCAGUCAAGGUCAAGUUCCCUGACUCCUACAGUGGAAAGAGGGAAGAAAACUUUGACAAUUGGGAGGCCAAUGUCAAGACCUAUGUGCAUUUGCAACAGGUCUCCCCGGAUCAGCACGUCUUGAUUGCGAUCCAUGCGCUUAGAGAUGAGGCGGCCAGUUUUGCAAGGUCCCUAGUCCGCUCUGCCAACUGCAAUGAUGAUGCAGUUGCUUACUCGUCAUUCACCCCCCUCGUAGAUUUCAUGAAGUUGUUGCGCGAGCUAUUUGCUGAUGUCGUCCGCAGUGUCAAAGCCUCAGAUAGGCUUCAGACCAUCCAUUCUCGUCAAUGGAAGAGUGUCAGGGCACUCAAGGGUGUUAUGGACGAAUGGGUAGCUGUUCCUGACCACGGGGUCACAGAGACCCAGUUGGUCAACCUCUUCUAUAGGGCCAUGCUCGAAUCGCUGCGUGGCCACUUCUUUGCGAAGAGUCAAGACCCUGCCAUGACGUACGAUGCACUCAGCAGGGAAGUGGUAACCUUUGAGGCAAAGUCUGUGUCAGUUUCCACUUUCUAGGACAAAGACUUAGACAAGGGAAAGAAGUGGAAGGGUCACACUAUCUCUGGGCAGGUUAAGA